AUGCAAGAAGAAUCCAUACGACAGGUCGCAGCAGUUCCGACUCUCACUGGGCGCGACGCUGAUAGGUCGGCCCUAUCUACUCCUCUAUCUCAGUAUUCUUCGGCCCCCACUCCAGUCAAAGUUAUCGACAAACAUUCUCUUGAGUAUGUGGUGAGGUCAGGCAUUGCUGGUGGACUCUCUGGGAGUGCUGCGAAAACGCUCAUAGCACCGCUUGACCGGAUCAAGAUUCUAUUCCAAACAUCCAACCCCGAGUUCCUCAAAUAUCGGGGGUCCUUCUUUGGACUAUUUAAAGCUGGCCAGAAAAUCCUUCGAAACGACGGGUUUUUCGGUCUCUUCCAGGGCCACCUGGUGACGUUGCUACGUAUUUUCCCUUACGCAGCCAUAAAGUUCGUGGCUUACGAACAAAUAAGAAGCAUUCUCAUUCCUAAUGACCACUACGAAACAGCCGUGCUCCGGUUCAUGGCAGGCUCUCUUUCUGGAUUGGCAAGCGUUUUCCUCACAUACCCCUUGGAUCUUGUACGUGUGAGGAUGGCGUUCCAAUUCCAUAAGUGUUCUGACCCCUCCCACCAUGGCAUUUUACCCUACCAACAUGUAAGACUCUGGUCUGUGAUAAGACAAGUCUACGCAGAGCAUCCGCCACUGAAAGAACUGGACCCCCGCUGGCUCAAGUUCAUGCGGAAGAAAACCCCCAAGCCUCUCAUUCCUUUGUCCAAUUUCUAUCGUGGCUUUGGCCCAACUGUGUUGGGAAUGAUACCAUACGCGGGCGUCUCAUUUUACGUCCACGAUCUUCUUCAUGAUAUAUCACGUUCCAAAUACUUCUCCAAAUAUCUAGUUUCACAGUCAUCCACUGGCUCGAGUGGAACCAAAGUGGUGAAAGUGAAGCAUAGCACAGAGCAUGUCAAUAGCCGAGACUCUCGGAAACCUCUCAAAGCCCAUGCGCAGUUGGUUGCCGGUGGUCUAGCCGGUAUGAGUUCGCAAACAGCAGCAUAUCCAUUUGAAGUGAUUCGAAGAAGGAUGCAAGUCGGAGGAGCUGUCGACUCGGGCCGAUUCUUAUCGUUCCGCAACACAGCAAAGUUGAUCUUUGCUGAGAGUGGUAUGAAAGGCUUUUUUGUGGGCCUCCUGAUUGGGUACUUGAAGGUUGUCCCAAUGGUAGCCUGCUCAUUCUAUGUAUACGAAAGGGGCAAAUUGUUCCUAGGGAUCUAA